AUGGAUAGAUGGAUUGAUCUUCACUGUUUGGAUGCGGAUGUUUUCAUUCUUGUUGCUAAUGCUGAGUCAACAUUAAUGCAAGCUGAGAAAGAUUUCUUCCAUAAAGUCAGUCAGAAGUUAUCCAAACCAAAUAUUUUUAUCAUUAAUAAUCGUUGGGAUGCUUCAGCAAACGAAAUUGAAUAUAUUAAUGAGGUACGUGAGCAACACCUGCAACGUUGUGUAGCGUUUCUUGUUGAUGAAUUAAAAGUGUGCACACGUACAGAGGCAGAGGGACAUGUUUUCUUCGUUUCAGCCCGUGAAGUUCUAGCGAUGAGAACAAAAGCGAAUUUAGGUGGAGAUCCACAUUCAGGUCCCCCUGGGGCGGCUACAAGUAUUGGGUCUCCUUUGUCAGCAGGUGGGCUACUGUCAUUAGUGCUUUCUUAUCAAGCUUAUAUUUAUCUAUUCGGCUUUGAGGAACGUUAGUGCUAAAAAUAUUACUCUUCUGGAAUUGAUGUUAAUAAACUUGUCAGACACUUUUUUUCUGUACAGCCAGAGCACCAUCCUAUCCGACAGUUUGAAAACUACUUUAUCACGGAAAUUAUAAAUAGCUGGCUUGUAAUGCAUGUGAUUGUGUUCAAACAUUUCGGAAAGUAUUAAUAAAUGACCAAUAAAUCCAGAAACUGAACAAAGACUUCCUUCUCUUGAGGACUCAUUGUUUCAUGAGUUCAACGAUGAUCCGUAUUGCCGCGAUGUGGUCUGUGCAUGACCGAUCCUCAUGGGACCCGGUCUGUCGAUCUGGAUGUUUGGCGUCCAUUGAAUAUUUCAUCUGGUUAAUCAUCAGUCUGUUGAAAACGUUUGCUAGUACCGAUAGUAAUGUGAUGCCUGUGUAGUUCUCACAUUUGCUGAGAUCUCCUUUCUCUGGUA